AUGUCCUAUUGGCCGAAGGCGACAUGGAUAGAGUCGCUCGACCACUUGCCCGGCCUCAACCUAACGGAAAAGGCUCGCGCUCGUGUCAUCAUACUCUCCAAGCCGCGCGAAGACCGCGAGCUCUAUUUUGCGGGCACCUAUGCCGAGGCCGCGGCCACAAUCAAGGCCCUUCUCAGGGAAACACCUCAGAGUUCCUUGAACCUACAACCUUCAUCGCUGCUCAGCGGCACACCCAGUGCCCAGCCGCCGGCUGCGGCAAUGGUGCCGACCCCCACACCCACCACACCAGCAGCAGCAGCGGCAGCAGCAGGAACUUCCUCGGGGUUGCCAGCAGCACAUACCAGCACCCACACCCCCAACACCACGUCGACAACCGCCAUCGCCACCGCCUCUCCAAGAAGCACCACGGAUGCGAUGACCGCUACGGCCUUGAACAUGGCAGCCAGGCGGCCGGAGAGUACCGUACCAGCAGCCGCGGACCUGCGGCCCCUCUCCCCGCCGGCGGUGCCUUGGUGGCGCUCGGAGGAUGCCGGCGCGAGCAGCAUGGAAGGCCGGCCCUAUGCGCCGUACGACACCCCUUUUGCCGCCCCUAGCUCCUACCACCUCGUUCACGCCAGCAGCUCCAGCUCCUUCUCUACAUCCCCCAGACGGAGCCCCAUCGAGGUCCUGGUGCGGACGGCCGCCUCCGUCAACUACCUGGGAAUGCUGCCUGAGGCUUUUCGAGCAGCGCUGCUGCGAGAGCGGCAGCCGGGUGACAUCUUUUGCCGUACGUUUCGCAAAAAGUUGGAAAGCACCGCUGUGGGACGAACGGUCAGAAAGACCACACGGUUUAUUAUGGUGGUUGAUGUCCAUGAUGAAAAGGCGACGACGCUCGUGCUGGUCAAACUCCGGUCAAAGGAGAUUUCCCGUGUUGCGUCCAAGGACAGCCUGGGUGGUACGGGGGCGUUGCUGUACAAGGCGGAGGUGGUUCCGGAUCCAGAGGACAGUUUUGAAGCGAUCUCGGAGCGGCUUGAUCGGCGUGCCGUCAAGGUGGGCGACAUUGUGAUGUGGAAAGAAAUUCCUGACGGUUGGGCCUUAUGGGACGGCAAGCCGCGGGAGGUGGGCGUCGAGUACGAGCAAGUCAGGUAG